AUGUCUUCUGUUAAGGACUCUAUUGACUGGCCAUCAUUGUAUAAGAAUCAGGACAAAGUGAUGAAGAACAAAGAAACAGUUGCAAAGAGUCCCUGCCUGACCCCUACCAUGAGUUCCAAGAAGACGGGAGCUAUAGGGACCCCUCCCGUGCCAAAUCCAGGCCUCCUGGUAUCCCCGGGUGUCCCAGCACCCAAGCCAACCCCCUUUGGACUGCCGUCAGCGCAGCACCUGCUGGCAAGCGUACAGCUCCAGAGGCUUAACAGUCAGUACCAGGGCGGUACAGACAUCCCGCGCUGGGCCCUGAACAGCCAGGGGCCUCGUACUAUCGGUGCCGGGAUUCUGGACCUGGAUCGGGUGGACGAUGAGGUCCUCACCUCUCUGGUCUUGGAGAUGGGACUGGACAGGGUUAGCGAGCUUCCGGAACUGUGCUUAGGACAAAAUGAAUCGGAACUGUCCACCACACCGGACAAAUAA